UUUCGAGCUCCAUCAGUUUUAAUUCAGACUUUCUUGCGAAUAGUUCGCAUGCGCACUGCGAGCGAUAAAAAAAGUUCUCGAGCUAUUGUUAUUGAUUAACAAAUAACAAAGUGAAAGAACAACAAACAGAAGCCGGCAAAACCGCCAACGCCAAAAAUAAAGAAAACAACAAAGCGACUAAGCUAAGCUUUACGCAACGUGUAAAUACGGGUGGGCGAGUGAGACCAGAUUUUGCGGGUUCAUAUUUUGUUAAGUGCAAAUAAAAGUCGUGCAUCGUGUGCCAAAACAAAGAGUUAAAGAUAGAAAGAGAAAGAGGAGAAAACAAGCAAUAACAAAAUAGAAAUAGCAAUUAUCCAGCGCACUAGCGUGUAAAAGAAUUAACAAAAAUAACAGCCGUAAAUAAAAGUCGCCGCCAACGCCGCCACCCAAUAGAAAGUGUCACCGUCGCCCCUCCACAAGCCCAUCUUCUCCCCAGCAAGCAAACAAAUCCACCACCAACACAGACAACAGCGACGCGACGCAGCAGCAGCAGCGCAGUUUUUCGCACAACAAAAACAAUAAGAGAGCGGCAAUACGGCGACAUCGACUGUGGCGAUAAAGUGAAAUUAACUUUAUAAUUUAUUUAAAUACUAGACAAUAUAACAAUUAAGAAAUAGCAACAAGAACAACAGAAACCCGCAGCUUUAGCAACAACAACAACAAUAUCUACUUCGGGAGCUACAACAACAACAGUUAAAGAAUAACAACGAUAACAAAAUGGCAACACUAAACAAAUUUACAAAAACUUUAUCCAUUGAUGAAAAGGCCGAGAUAAAAGAGAAAUUUACAGAGCUGGAUGCCAAUAAAGAUGGUUUCAUUGAUCUGAUCGAGCUGAAGGAUGCCCUCAACCAGGUGGGAUUCAAGCUCGCUGGUUAUCAGGUGCGCGAGAUGAUCGAUGAGUUUAAGAGCAAACAGCGUACGGCGCAUCAGGGUAAAUUGAAUUUGGAGGAAUUCGAGACGCUUUGCCUCGAUCUGAAGUCAAAGGAUGUGGCCAGCACAUUCAAGACCGUUGUGUCAAAGAAGGAGAAUCUGGAGACGUUAGGCGGCAUGUCGAGCAUAUCAUCGGAGGGCACUACGCAUUCGGUGCGUCUCGAGGAGCAAUUGGCGUUCUCAGAUUGGAUUAACUCGAAUUUGGGCCAUGACAAGGACCUGCAGCACCUAUUGCCCAUCGAUGCUGAGGGCAAGCGUCUAUAUCAAUCGAUUAAGGACGGCAUCUUGCUGUGCAAGAUCAUCAAUCACUCCUGCCCCGACACCAUCGAUGAGCGCGCCAUCAACAAGAAGAACCUGACCGUCUAUCGGGAAUUUGAGAAUCUAACACUGGCCCUCGUCUCAUCGCAGGCCAUUGGCUGCAACAUUGUCAACAUCGAUGCCCACGAUCUGACCAAGGGUAAGCCCCAUUUGGUGCUCGGCCUUCUCUGGCAGAUCAUUCGCAUUGGCCUGUUCAGUCACAUCACCCUGGACAGUUGUCCUGGUCUCGCCGGCCUUCUCUUUGAUAAUGAACGGCUCGAGGAUCUGAUGAAAAUGUCACCGGAGGCCAUAUUGUUGCGCUGGGUGAAUCAUCAUCUGGAACGGGCGGGCAUCUCGCGUCGUUGCACCAACUUCCAGUCGGACAUUGUUGAUUCGGAGAUCUAUUCGCAUCUGCUGAAGCAAAUUGCCGGCAACGAGGCCGAUGUCAAUCUGGAUGCUCUCCGUGAAUCUGAUCUUCAGCAACGUGCCGAGAUUAUGUUGCAACAGGCCGCCAAGCUGAACUGUCGCAGUUUCCUCACCCCACAGGACGUUGUCAACGGCGUCUACAAGCUGAACCUGGCCUUUGUUGCCAAUCUGUUUAACAAUCAUCCCGGUUUGGAUAAGCCCGAACAGAUCGAGGGUCUCGAGUCCAUUGAAGAGACGCGCGAAGAGAAGACUUAUCGCAACUGGAUGAACUCAAUGGGCGUGGCGCCGCAUGUCAAUUGGCUGUACUCGGAUUUGGCCGAUGGUCUGGUCAUCUUCCAGCUGUUCGAUGUCAUCAAGCCGGGCAUUGUCAACUGGAGUCGCGUGCACAAACGUUUCACGCCCCUGCGCAAGUUCAUGGAGAAGCUGGAGAACUGCAAUUAUGCUGUCGAUCUGGGCAAGCAAUUGAAGUUCUCCCUGGUCGGCAUUGCUGGACAGGAUUUGAAUGAUGGCAAUGCCACUCUCACAUUGGCUCUCAUCUGGCAACUGAUGCGCGCCUACACAUUGUCCGUUUUGUCGCGUCUGGCCAACACGGGCAACCCCAUCAUCGAGAAGGAGAUCGUCCAGUGGGUGAACACGCGUCUCACCGAUGCCGGCAAGCAAUCGCAGCUGCGUAACUUUAACGACCCGGCGAUUGCCGAUGGCAAGAUUGUCAUUGAUUUGAUCGAUGCCAUCAAGGAGGGUAGCAUCAACUAUGAGUUGGUUCGCACCAGCGGCACACAGGAGGAUAAUCUGGCCAAUGCCAAAUAUGCCAUAUCGAUGGCGCGUAAGAUCGGCGCUCGUGUCUAUGCGCUGCCCGAGGAUAUCACCGAAGUCAAGCCCAAGAUGGUGAUGACUGUCUUUGCCUGCAUGAUGGCGCUGGAUUAUGUGCCCAACAUGGAUAGCGUCGAUCAGAACAAUCACAACAAUAGCAACAGCAACAACAGCAAUUAAAUUUACUGAAUGAAAUAAAAAAAAAACACCGAAAAACGAAACGGAACAACAACAACAACAACAACAACAAAUAACCACCAGAGCAACAACUCAAUUAUAUUUACUUAAACGAAAAUGAGUAAUUAAACAAAACAACAGACACACACACACAUAUACAUAUGCAUAUGUAUUUGUUAAUUAACUACAGCAAACUUUGAAACAUUUGGCGCAACAACAACAACUACAACAGCUGCUUUUGCGCCUCGGCAAAUUGUUCUUGUAACGUUUUUUUUUCGAGCUUUUUUUCCGCAAUUUCUAUUUCUAUUGUAUUAUUUUUUGCUAUUGUAAUUAAGCGUAAAAAGUUGAAAAAACAAAACAAAACGAGCGCACUUUAAUUAUUAUUAUUUUUUUUUAUUUAAUUCUACAAAUUAUGAAACCUUAUUUUAUAAAUAAAGGUUUGGUCUUUUUCCGCUUCGAGUUUCGUCUCCUUUUUAAGCCCGUGCAAGAAAUUUUGUAAUAUUUAAUAACAAAUAACUAAAUACUUUGUAAUAUAUAUUUAUAUACAUAAACAGUACAUAUAUACAUAUAUAUUUUUGCAUAAAGAGUUGCCUGAUAAAGAAGAGGGACAAAAUGAAGAAAAAAAAAACAGCAACAACAAAAGAACGUAAACAAAAUGCGGCAACUUUUUUUUUCUAAUUGUAAGCAACAACAUUUUAAGCCACUAUUGUUUAUGUUUUUUUCCAUUUACAUAUAUGUAUAUCUAUUUUUUUAUGUGUUUUUUAUUCUUGUAUUUUUGUUUCGUAUUAGAGCGGGACAGCAAGAAACGCACGGCUUAGAAAGAGCCUGCGAAUGAUUGAUAGAGAUGGCAACAGAUUUUAGUGCAAUGAGGCGAAAUUAUACAACAAAAAUUUGAUACA